CAAGCGAAGUGUCUAAUGGAGCAGUGCGAAGAAUUGUUGCCUGAGCAAGAGAAGGACAUCGAGGAGCUGCUGAGGCUUUCUGAGCAAAUUACACAGCUGCUUGGACUGGAGGACUCGACAUCCGCAGGACUGGCACUGGUCAAGGACGUAGAGACGCUCAACAAGCGUCUCGGCAAUGUGCGUUCAGCCAUCGUCCAGUUGGCUGAGGCCGCCGAAAAACGCGCGAUCGAGGGAGAAGUGUGCAGUGACGAUCUCAAGAACACCAGGAACUUCCUAGACAACGUCCAAGAGUCACUCUCGGUUGUUGAGGACUUAAACAUGAAGGACGCCGAAAAACAACUAGAAUCUUUGAGGUCACACCUCUUGUCUUUGGGCAAAGCUGAGUGCCAGAUUCAAGCGAUACGAGAAAAAUCUGUUGAAUACAGUCCUGCCGCCACCGAACCAGAAAAUAAUUUAUGCAUCGUUGAAAUCCUACAGCUUUGGCAACAAGUGUUCCGAGAAACAUUCCAACAAUACCACCGCCUGUCUGCUCGUCUUGUCCGUAGCCAAGAUGGCGCGGAGGCUUUGCGCUUGUGGCAAGAAUAUCUGCAACACGUUCAGUCCUUUUUGUCCACAUCCAUUCCUGAAGACUACCAUAGCCUAACAGAACAUCAGCAUCUUUGUGAGGUGCAUCAAAAUCUUCUUUCUAGUCAACACACAUUGUUGCAAUCGAAGCAAGUCGAAGCCGCAAACGACAACUCGAACGACUUAGAUAAAAACCUCGCAGGACAAUUCAGCUCACUCACCAACCAGCACAACGAGACCCUGUCCAGGAUAAUGGAAAGACAUUCCCAGGUCAAAAGUCGUAUAUCAGCCUGGGACAAGUAUAGGACGGACCAAACAACUUUGCUGGCUUGGCUGAAAGACAUGGAGAAAGAGCGGUACCAAUUGCAGCUGCAAUACGUCCACAUUCAGUUGGUGCCCAAGGUGCUCAACUUAAUCAGAAACCUGCUGGACAAGAUCGCUGAAGGACAGUCUCAGCUGGACAACCUAAAGCACCAGCAGUUGCAGUUGUUGAAGUUCUCCGACCAGACAUUGGCAGCCUCCAUCCAGAUGGAGCACGCCGCCAUCACCCAGCGCAUUAAUAACCUGCAGGCUGGUCUUGAGACCUGGAGGGACUUCCUGCUCAGGGUGCUUGAUCUGCACACGAAUUUUGAGCUGCAAGCUAAUGUGAUUCAGAGCAAAUUAAACGACAUCAAGUCCAUCACUUGUAGAUCAUGUCCUACAUCCAAUACAGAAAUUAUGGCAACGAUCGAUUCACUUCGGGCGCAACGAACAGCACUGACCGAAUUGAUUCCUAGCUUGGAAGAGCUGAAUGUGGUUCAUGAACAGCUGAAGGAAUGCGUCAGCCCUGCCGAUGCAAAGAAAUUGAACCAGCGAAUGUGGUUGCUCUGGCAACAGCACGGAGACUUGGACCACCAGAUAGCAUUGCUGAUCCAUCACCUAGAAGAAAAAUUGGCUUUGAAAAAUGUUUUCGAUGCUAGGCAAGAGAGGUUCCUCACAUGGGUAGAAGACAUUGACUCAAGAGUUAAGCUAACUAGGAGCGUUUAUCCCAACAGUCUGAUGGAAGAUACAAACCACAUGGAGCGGGAGAUGGAGAGUGAAAUCACGCUGAAAGAGAGGGAACUGAAAUGGCUGAACUCGACUGGCGCCGAUUUGCUAGUGGCAGAAAACGAUGAGGAUCGGCGAUCAAAAACUGCUGAGCAAAUUCAGCAGGUGCAGGACGCCUGGAACCAAAUGCAGUUGGCGCGCAAAACAAAAUCGAGCAAACUGAGCAGUAUCCAGCAAACGUUCACUCAGCUCGAGUCUCAAAUAUCAGAUCUGCGAACUUGGUUGUACAACAUGGAGGCGAAAUUACUCACUCCACUGGUGUUCAGAUCUACCAGGGAGGAGGACAUCAAAGAAAAGCUCAAAGAGGCGGAGGAAAUUAAAAAGAGUAUAGAAAAGCAGAGCAGCAACCUGGCAUCCACCCUCAACUUAUUUGAAAUGUUCAUGGUAGACUGCGACUCGAACAAGAUGCUAAUCGAUACAAACCCUCUGCAGCUGGCUGUGGACUCUCUGGAGAAGCGGUGGGCAAACGUUUGCGACCUGGCAGAGGAACGAAAGCGAAAGAUCAGCUCUGUGUGGGUGCAUCUGCAGGAGUUGGAACGGCUGUGCAGUGAACAGGAGGAGUGGUUGAACACCCAGGAAUCGGUUCUCACGCAAAUUGAAGAGAACAGCAAGGGAGUGCCAAAGGAGGAGGUGCAGCCGUUGGUGGGCCAGGUGGAGGAUUUGCUGGAGCAAGUGGCCGCCAGGAACUCCACCCUUCAGCAGCUUGAGCAGCAGUACUCAAAGAUGGUAAUGGAGAGCAGCGGGUCCUUCGACAACCUGUGCGAAAUCACGGCGACCAUGAGACAGUCUCUGGCGCGCUGGAUCAGACUGCCCCAAAUCGCCUCUCUGUUGCUGUCAAAGCUGAGGAAUCUUCAGCAGCACAAUAGCCAGUUCAUCACGGCGCACAACAAUGCUGUCAUGGCUCUGACAACCAUCGACGUCAAGUUGACACAGCUGCAACAUCUUAAGUCUGAAAACGAACCGCCCCAACAAACUCUUAAAGCACUGCAGGCCCUUGAAGCAGAACUGGACUCGCACAACGAAACUUUCGAGAACGCAGACAAACUUGGCCUAGCUGUGAUGCAAUCCAUGGAGGGUGAUGACUUCUCCUCCAUCCAAUCUAUGAUUGACGAGUACCAGGAUCUCUGGAGCUCGAUACAGAAGCGCAUCGGUGAAUUCCGAGCUACUCUUCAAGCAGUUAAAGAAAAACCUUCCAAGAAGAGCAAAAAGAAGCAGCGUGCCGAACAACAACAACAGGCAGCUGCCGAGCAGAAACCAGAACCUCUGACCCUGGUCAACGAAAGCAUCCAGGUGUCCACUCUGGAGUUUGAGACUGAUCAGGCUGUGCAAGUUGAUACCCUACCACCGUUGAUGAGACUGACCUCUAAAGAGGGCUAUCAGUUGGAGCUCGACUCGGCGCUGAAAGAGUGCGCAGACCACCUGGACGCGUUGCAGAACGCCAUCGAAUGCUCCACCCCGCAAAUCGCGGAAGCCACCAUUGCUGCCAAUAAUUUGGUCCGUCUUAUCGGAAUGUGCCAGUCGUCCAUUGAUUUUGUAAAGCACUUGAGCUCUAUCCUCUCGGAACAAGAUCAGGCUAGCUUGGAACUGGAAAAACAAACCGAAAUUCAGUAUUUGAUGGAGCGAUUCAACAAGCUACUCUCCGAUGCCCACAAUCGGGAGAAGCACUUCAGAGAUGUCAGGUCGACGCACGACGAAGCUUUUGCCGUUCUAUGUGAACAUGGCAAAGCAAAACUGACAUGUCCGCUGUGCACCAACAAAAACUGGCAGCAGCUCGACAACGAUAUUUGGAGACUGGAAAAGUGGUUGCAGUACGCUGAAGGCACCCAGAGCGGCCAGAAAACGCCACCGACCAACAUAGAACAGCUGGAGGAUGUCAUUCAAGACAACAGGGAGUUCCUCCUUGAUCUCGACAGCCACAAAAGCAUUGUCGUGUCCCUGAACAUCGUGGGCUCGCAUUUAGCGGACAACACGGAAGACAAAGGCAAAGCGGAGUCACUGAGGGCGCGUCUGAAAAGCAUGAAUUCUAGAUGGGAAGCCGUGUGCCAAAGAGCUGCCAACUGGCAGACACAACUGCAGACUACCCUUCUAGAGAGCCGCGAAUUCCACAACACCAUUGACGAGCUCAACACGUGGAUCAAAAGAACCGAAAACUGCAUACGACAAACCGAACCAAUCGACUUGACCGAAGAUAUAUCAGUUAUUGAGAACAAAUUCGACAAAUUUAGGGAGCUGAAAUGCGAGCUGGAGCGGUGUGAGCCGAGAGUAAUUUCCCUGCAAGAGGCGGCAGAGCAAUUGCUGCGCCACUGCGAGGCCCCCAGGGGCUCAAACACGUGGAGUCGGCUCACCGACCUCCGUCUGCGGCUGCAGUCCCUACGUCGCCUGUGCGGUGUUUACAUCGUCAAGCUGGGCGCCGUGUUGGGACGUGAUCCUUCCGAGUUCAGCACAAUUCGACCUUCCCAUUUCGAUUCCACUUCCCUUUACAACUUACCCCCCCUUGUGGACCAAGCAGGUGCUUCCAGACUGUCAGCAAGUGCAGACGAGCUGCGUCUCAACAGAGCUGGCGAAAGCGGCGAUGAAGUGGACACAACGGUGCUGAGCCGCAGCUGCCAGUUCCUGGGCCGCGUCGUUCGCGCGUCACUGCCCAUCCAGGCGCUGAUGUUGCUUCUGCUGGGGGUGGCAGCGUUGGUACCGUCGUCGCAAGAGGACUUUUCUUGCACCAUGGCCAACUCGUUCGCCCGCAGCUUGGAGCCAAUGCUGAGAUACCCUAAUGGUCCACCUCCUAUCUGAAUGGGAGAACAAACUGCCAAUCCAACAUUUGCAUUUAGUCAACCAAUCUUGCUAAAAGAUAUAAAAAAACACAUUGUAACUUUCUCCCCGCCGCUGAUUGAUUUGCCGAAUUUGUCCAAAAAUUUAUGUAAUAAAGGAACAAACUAAAGUGUUACAGACCAGGAUGAACAAAACACUUGCCUGACAUAUUAUGUUAAACAAAUAAUUUCAUUUCUGUUGUUUUUCGAAUUUCUAUCAAGAUGUUAAUUUUUAUGGAUAUAUUUUUAAACGUAUCAGAACAAUUUUCAUGUCUGAUUUUCAUAGGGAAUGUUGCUUCUAAUCAAGUAAAAAGAUCUAUACACUAAAAUAAUCAAAUGUAAAACCGCUGCUUUCAAACAUUGGCCAGAGAUGUGAAAAAACGGUGGUGUUUUGGCUUCUUGCGCAGGCAUAUCCGGUCCAAUUGAUUGUCUGCACGAGAAGGCAAUAAAGCCAAUGAGUCCAAAAUUGAAAAUGCCUUAAAUAAGCUUCAUCCCCUCAGUCGAAAGGUUUUACUAGUCCUAUAACUGUGGGUAUGGAUUUUCAUUAACAAUUGAACUGUAAAAUAGGGUAACAAGAACGAGAUCCCUGAAAAUGGUGAAAUGUAAACAAGUCAAAGUAAACUGUGUAAAUUUCGUGAUUUUGUUGCUGAUAAAUUUGGUAAAAAUUGGUAGCGCCUCUAUAUAUCGCGAAAUUGGUAAAAAUGCUUUUAUGUAUUUAAAUUGGUGAUGAAAUGGAUAAAAUAUAAUAUAUUGUUAUUUGACUGAGGCGCGGCGUAAUACUAAUAGUCGGUGAUUUUGUAAUAACAUGUACUUCUCAGCAAUUAAUAAAUUUUACAUGAACAUUAAAAGCAAAAUAUCUGGUGUA